AACAGAACAAGCACGGCACGUUUGCGCACGUUUUAGACGAUAGAAACAACUUUAAGACUGCUGUCACAUCUCGGCAGUGUAUUCAUAAUUUCUUCGCAGUUAAUAUCGUUAUUAUCAAUACGCGAUGGCUGCUGAUUCUGAUUCAAAAAAGGUUCUGGAAUACAAAGAGCGUGUGAAGAAACAGGCGGAGGAACUCGUGCUCAAGGAUUUCCCAAGGAAAAUAGUAAUCCUCGAUGAGCUCUUGAAAACCAGUGAUUUCAACAAGCCAAACCUCGAGGAUGUGCACGAAACGUUGAACAUACCUGUUCCUGAUCCUAUCCAGUUGAACAGCCAUUCAGAACCUGUAAGCAAGCGAUGGAAGAGCGAAAAAAUGGAUGAUAUUGCUGGCACCAAAGUGAUGGCUUUGAUAAAUGGCUCUGUGCCUUGCAACAAAAAUUUGUGCAAUUUGGUGACUAAGGUGAAGCCGCACGUCAGACAGCUUGUGGAAGAUUCUAACGUGCUGAAAAUGUGGGUGUCUUUCCUUAUUCCCAAAAUUGAAGACGGAAACAACUUUGGAGUCUCAAUCCAAGAGGAUACUCUGGCUGAAAUCCAGUCUGUCGAAUCUGAAGCUGCUGCAUUUUACGAUCAGAUAUCGCGCUACUUCCUGACCAGAGGGAAAAUCGUGUCCAAAGUUGCGAAGUACCCUCACAUUGAGGACUACAGACGGGCGGUGGAGGAGCUGGACGAAAAGGAAUACUUGAGCUUGAUGCUUGUCUUGUGCGAGGUGCGCAAUAGAUAUUCAACGCUGCAUGACAUUGUCACAAAGAACCUUGAGAAGAUCAAACGACCAAGAUCAUCAAACACCGAAUCCCUAUAUUAGGACUGCACGAUCAGAUUCAAAUGUGAUCAGCCCUGUCUGGAGCCAAAGGAGCUAUUAAAUAUUAUGGCUCUGGCAGAGGGGCUUAAGUUGUACCCACAAUUCCUUGAUGAAAGACGCAUUAUUUUUUUUAUUCCAUUUAGAGCUUCUCAAUUACCUUCAUUUUCAACCAAAUUUGGCAAACCCAAAUCAAGAUUAAACCCCUGCUGAAUUCAAUUAAUGCUAUCUGAUAUGCAGCCAUGGUGGUUAUUGGAAAAAUAAAUUUGAUUGAAACUACGGUUCUGAUAAAAAA